AUGGCGACCCCAUCCAUCACCACCCUGGCCGCCCGAGCCACAGACUUCAAAGCCCUCCACGUUCCCGGCAAACCCCUCCUCCUAGCCAACGUCUAUGACCCCAUCUCGGCCCGCAUCGUCGGCACGCUCCCCAACGUCCGCGCUCUCGCCUCCGCCAGCUGGGCCGUAGCCCAGACCGUCGGCGUCGACGACGGGCAACUAACCCUCGAGCAAAACUUGACGCAGCUCGCCCCCAUCGCCGCCGUCGCGCACGAACUGGGCCUGCCGCUGACGGUGGACAUCCAGGACGGUUACGGCGACCGGCUGGAGGAGGUCAUUCGGCGGGUGAUUACGGAGUUGGGGGCGGUCGGGGUUAACUUGGAGGACUCGGACCGGGCGACAUUUAAGGUGAUUGGGGAGGAGGAGGCGGUGGACCGGGUGCGCCGCGCGGUCAAGGUCGCCGCGGAGGUGGGCGUGCCGGAUUUUGUGGUGAAUGCGCGCGCUGAUAGCUGGCCGGCGCAUCAGGAUUUGGAGGAGUCGAUUCGGCGCGGGAAGAAGUACCUGGAGGCGGGCGCGACGACGGUGUUUGUGUUUUGGGGCGGGUCGAGGGAGACGCCGGAGGAAGAUGUGAAGAAGCUGGUGGAUGCGUUUGGGGGGCGGGUCAAUAUUCAGGCGCGCAAGGAGACGUCUGUGCAGAAGAAGGCGUUGACUAGCGCCGACAUUGCGAGACUGGGGGCCGCGCGAGUCAGCGUUGGGCCGCAGCUGUAUUUGGCUGCACUGGGGGCCAUCACCCAGGCAGCCAAGGCCAUCCUGGAUGCUUAG